AUCAUUGGAACUAUAUAAUUCUAACAAGUUUCAUGCAAUUGUAACGAUAAUUUCUUGCACAAAAAAAAAAAGAAAAAAGAAAAAACCCAACAAUGGGGUUUGGUGAACAAGUUAAUGUUCUAGUAGUGACAUUAGCUCUUCAGGGACAUAUGAAUCCCAUGUUAAAGCUUUCGAAGCUUCUUGUCUCAAAGGGUCUUCACGUCACUCUUGUCACUACAGAGCUUGCUCGCCAUCUCAUGCUCAAAUCCAACAUCAAUGGCGCAUUCAACAACACACAACAGACCACCAAUACAAAUUCCCCUGCAAUCAAUCUUGAAUUCUUCUCCGAUGGCCUCAGCGAGGACUUCAAUCGCGACAACAAUCACGAUAUCUUCAUGGAAUUCCUUAGAACAAAAGGGUCAGAAAAUCUCUCAAACCUCAUCACCAAUUUAACAACCAAUGGUGGCAAGAAAUUCUCUUGCAUUAUUUGCAAUCCAUUUAUUCCUUGGGUGGCUGCUGUUGCUGCCAAACAUGACAUUCCUUGUGCAAUGCUUUGGAUCCAAGCUUCCGCCGUCUUUUCUAUCUAUUAUCACUUCUUUAAGCAUCCAAAUUUGUUUCCAAAAUCGCUCGAUGACCCAAAAGAGACCGUAGAGUUGCCUGGAUUGCCAAUUCUAGAGGUACAAGAUCUCCCUUCUUUUAUCCUCCCUUCAGCACCCAAAUCUUUCAAUAAAAUGGUUUCAGACAUUUUUUCUAAUGUGGACAAAAUAAAGUGGGUAUUGGGAAAUUCAUUCAAUGAAUUGGAGGAAGAUGUGAUUAAUUCUCUGGCUUUAACCUCGAGUCCGAUCCUCCCAAUUGGUCCACUGGUUUCACCAUUUCUGCUAGGAAAUGAAGAGAAAAUCUCAGGCAAUAUUGAUAUGUGGAGUGCUGAAGGUUCCUGUAUAGAGUGGCUUGACAAGAAACCAACUUCAUCAGUCAUUUAUAUCUCCUUUGGUAGCAUACUUGUGUUGUCACAACAACAAAUAGACAGCAUAGCUAUUGCACUAAGAAACAGCAAGAAACCAUUUUUGUGGGUGAUUAAGCCACCCCAGAAAAACUCUGAGAAAAAAUGUGGUGAACUGCCAAUUGGGUUUCUAGAAGAAACCAAGGGGAGGGGACUAGUGGUGGCAUGGAGUCCACAAGAGAAGGUUCUAAUCCACAAAGCAGUGGCUUGCUUUAUUACACAUUGUGGGUGGAACUCAACAUUAGAGACUGCUUCAGCAGGGGUGCCUGUUAUUGCCUACCCUGAGUGGACUGAUCAGCCAACUGAUGCUAAGCUUUUGGUUGAUGUUUUGAAAGUUGGUGUGAGGAUGAGGAAUGAUAAAGAUGGAGUCUUGAGCCAAAAAGAGGUGGAGAGGUGCAUUAUGGAGGUCACUGAUGGUCCUAAUGCAGAGAAAAUUAGAAAGAGGGCAUUGGAAUUGAAGGAGGCAGCUAAGAAAGCAGUUGCUCCUGGUGGCUCUUCUGAUAAGAAUAUUGAUCAAUUUAUCAAGGAAAUCAGUGUUUAAGACAAUACAAUUGUGCUGCCAGUUAUGAUAGGGUUGGUAUUCCAAUUGUCCCAACUAUUAAGUGGUACGUAUAAUAUUUCAUAUGUAUCAUGUGGGAUAUAUGAAACUCACGAAUGCACUUGAAUCCCUUACGUCCAAUUCAGUAACUGGGAGCCUGGGAUAACUGGGAUAUUAAUUGUUGGGAUUUUUAUCAUUUUCAUUGUACUAUGUUUAUGCUUCAAUUAAUAAGAUUUUUUCCCAUCAGUUUUA